UUCCUUGGAGAAAGCAGACCACAUGCUGUGAUUAGACUUCUUCCUGCUCUGCCAGUACGCACUUCCCAGGGAGAGUGUUACUGUUGCAUGCUAGCUUUCUGCUUUCUCUUGCCAUGGAAGACUUCCAGCAUCAGCUGCUCAUUGUCACUGGGGCUCUGAUCUGUUUCUCUGCUCUGCUUAAAUGCAUCAGGUUUAUGAAAUAUAUUUUCCCACAUGUUUGGAGCGCUUUACCUCAGACUUUCUUCCGGUCGCUGGGAGAAUGGGCAGUGGUCACAGGAGCAGGAGAUGGGCUUGGAAAAGCAUAUUCCUUUGAGCUGGCAAGACGUGGGUUAAAUAUAGUUAUGAUAAGCAGAACUCUUGAGAAGCUGCAGAGAGUGGCCAAUGAAAUCGAGCAGGCCACAGGUCAAAAGGUGAAGAUUAUACAAGCUGAUUUCACUAAAAAUUCAAUAUAUGAGAACAUUGAAAAAGAUCUGCAAGGCUUGGAAAUUGGUGUUUUGGUUAACAAUGUUGGAAUGCUUCAUAAUCCCCUUCCAUGCUGUUUCCUUAAUGCACCAGAUGUAGAUCAGAACCUGAUCAACUGUAACAUUAUUUCUGUUACAAAGAUGACACAAAUAAUUUUGAAACAAAUGGAACCGAGACAGAAAGGUCUGAUUCUGAACCUGUCCUCUGGCCUGGGUACUUUCCCUUGUCCUCUAUACACAAUGUACUCAGCUUCUAAGGCUUUUAUAUGCACUUUCUCCAAAGCACUACAAGCAGAGUAUAGAGCAAAGGGAAUUAUCAUACAGGUAGUGGCUCCUUAUGGCGUCUCUACUCCGAUGACAAUACACCAAAAACCUGGUCUUAUUACAAAGACUGCAGAAGAGUUUGUUAGUGAAUCACUGCAUUACAUCACUUUUGGAGAUGAGAUUUUUGGAUGUUUAGCCCAUGAACUCCUGGCAUGUGUUCUGCAGCUUGUUCCUUUAUGGGUAUUCCACAGUGACAGGCUUCAAGAAGCAGUCCUGCAGGCAUUUACCAGUUAUCUUAAGAAGAGGUGGAGGAAGUCCUAAGUCUUUUUUUGUUUGUUUGUUUGUUUGGUGAUGUGCAAUGGGAAACACCAACAGGAAGCAUUUAACUAUGGCUCCCUAUAUGACAAAAAAUCAAAUCAGAUGGAAGCACAACUCCACGCAAAUCACAAAUCAAAAGAUAAUUGACUUGAUCCAACAAAUAUAUUAAGCAAAUUCAUUACUCUCCCUUUCCAGUGACUUCUGAGCUUUAGAUAGGUUCUCAUAAAUGUUGCUGCUACUGUUACUAAUUUAACAUGAGCUUGGAGGCCACAGACAUUUAUGCUUUUUUGAUGUUCAUAAAUAAAACAAUAAUCUGCUUUGUUUCCAAACUUGUUUACAGUGUUUUUUGAUGUUUUUACAACAAGUGUUUUUUGUACAUGGUUUCUUCUGAAAAGUCAAGGAUGUUUGCAGGAAGGAGAAGAAAAGGAAGCGUUCAGGAUGGAAAGUAAGUGCUGGAACUUUGGAGACCUGCAGCCAUAAAAUACGUACUUCUAUCCACAGAUUAUCAAUGACUCUCCUCUGCAAUGUCUGAUAAGGGCUGGAAGAGGCAGGAUCAUAGGCAAAAGAUAGACUUAAUUUAAAACAAUUCUUUGAAUCAAACUGCUACUGGCUGUUACCACUGAAAGCAGAAAAUAUCUGGAAGUGAAAGUGAGACAUCUUUGUAGGACAUUCAGCACUGUUGAUUUGAAUACCAAGGAAUAGAAAUGGUUUGUUCAUUGCUUCAUAAAAAUGUGCUUUCCAGUGAUCAAAUUAUGUCCUGGUAAGUGUGAUAUUUGUGCAGCUGUUCAGCAAAUAAGUAUGGACUAUAAUAUAUGAUAAAUAUUACAUGUGAGCAAAAAAUGAAUACCCUGGGGGAAAAACUCAUUCAAUAAGAGGCUUGAAUGUGGAGCGCAGAGGUUGUUUGCCAUUGAUAGAAGUGCCUAUGCAUCAUAGAUUUCAAGCAUUGUGUUCUCUGAUAUAGCAUGAAAUGCAGCCCGUCUCUCCUUUUCUUGCCUCUCCAUUCCAAAUACGUACUGAGGCCAUGCAGCUCUUCACAUGUCUGAUUUACAUGUGUGAAUAGUCCCAGCAAGGUGAAGGCAUUACUGUGGAGAAGUGGCUGCACCUGCUCUGCUCAGGUCAGUGGGGGUCACUUUACAGAUUGAAUGGGAACAGCAACAUGCCUGAAUUACCUAACUCAGGUUAAAGAACACUCUUUCAUCCUCCUCGUGGAGGCAGAAGAUCAAUAUGUUUGCCAAUGGAGACAAAUAUCAGUGUAUCUAAUAAACAGGAACUCUCAUAGUACAGGAAUAACAUUGGCACACCCAGUGCUUAGUAAACACUGGAGAUUCAGUUUCCAAGUGUUACAAGUUCUGUAAUCUAUAACAAGGAACAUUUCCAUAUUUCUUGUCUUACAUUUGUUUAUGCCUGUGAAUGCUGUGUGAUUCUUGCAGGCUGUUGCUAAAGUUGAGUGAUUUCUUUCUUUUGUGGAACAGGAGGAUCUUGUCACUUGCUGCUCUUGCUUGGCCACUCCAUUAGAGAAAACGUGCUUUGACCUUUUGGCUGGUUAUUUUGUAUAAUGUGAGGCUGGGAUCUUGCUGACUUGCAGUCUUCAGGCAGCUUUCCUUCAUGAUGUAUUAGCAUACGGCUGCAGUGAGAGGUUUCUCCUCUUCUGGCCAGCCCAGUGCAGAAGGGGGUGUUCAGCCAUCAGUGCCUGAGCCUGGGGAAGAAGCAAUUAUGCCCUCCUCUGCUUCUUGCAGGCCAUCUCCUCCUCUGAGUUCCAACCAAAUGCUUCCAAAGACUGUCAGCUGUUCUUGCUUCCAAGUGGCCUUUGUUGAGGGAGAAAUAGAAGUGGGCAUAAAAAGACAGAGCUUUUCCCUGCCUGGGGAUAAGGGGAAUGAGAAGACAAGCAGCUCAGGCUUUCUGCUUCCUCCCCAGCAUCAAUGUUGUGUUAAAGUGAGUGAUAAAACAUGACACAAAUAACACUACCUGCAGAUCCUGUUCUGCUCAGUUGGAGUGGUGUGGUGGCUUUCUGAGAACUUUGCAAAAGGGCUCAGCAUUGCUCCUCUUUAUAGAACAGGAAGGAGAGGUGCAGGGAGGCAUAUUGCCUAUCCAUCUCAGCAUUUAGUCAUGGGCAGGAGGAUCCUGAGGAGGAUCAGGGCCCCAGAGAGGGGUAGUGUCUUCAGUCUUUGGGGUAUGAGCAAUGGGAUACCUCAGUGUUCCACAGUCCUUCAGCUGAAAGCUGCCUAGCUGUCUCCAUGCCUCCUGGGCUGCUUGAGCCACAGUGCAGGCAGCCUGGUGGGCCUACAUCCGCCCCAGUGCCUCAUUUUGUGUCCAGCUCUAGCUUGCAAUGGGAAAAUGUCAAAAAGCAGGCUGCAGCCCCCAUUGCUGGGGGCACACUCUGGGGGGCAGGCUACUAUCAGCCCUGGCCAACCUCAGCCCUGAAGUCCUGGCGGUGAGAGGCCCUUGGCCAUGGCUGCAGGAAGGAUGAGAACUACUGCCUGGUUAGGGUCUGAGACAUCUAAUCAAAUGCUAUGGGACAAAAGUGUUGUGCUAAAUGUUAGCAUAGCCUGGCAGGCCCCUCAGGACUGUUUCCAAAAAGUGCUUCCCUACUCAUGCCCCAAAAAAGCCAAAAUGUGAGUUUGCAGAAAAUCAGGUAUUUUUGAACUUUCUUUUGCAUACUGCAGAGUGAGUAGUCACAAAAGGCUUUGAAUGUGUAGGUCAGAUUAGAGUUUACUGUUGCUUAAUUCUGCCUAUUUUUUUUAUUUUCAAAGUCACUGCUUGUUGAGUACAGAGCUUAUCAGCUAAAACAACUUAGAGUCAUGGGAUGCAAACAGCUCUUUUUUGACUCGCACGCAUUUCAUCUGUUGAACUAAACCACGAUCAGGAAAAGGAGACAAUAUCGCAGCAGAACAACUUUCGGUUGGUCAGUCUGCAAGGCUCCUAGAUAAAGGAAAAUGGAAACUAUUCAGUGCAGGAUUGCCUUUAACAAUACAAUGUAUUUCAUGAGUGUUACAUCAGUAACUGAGUAACUUUUGCAAAGGUUUGAACUGCAAAUCUGUCUAGACAAGCAAUUUACAGCAAGGGAAAAAAAAACCUCUAAACCACUGAAUUCUAAUGCUGUAAAUAGUCUGUUAUCAAGGCUGGUAAUGCAGACAGGGCCCUACUGUUCUUGAGGACCACUGCAAUGAGAAAGAAUUUGAUAUGGCAGCUAGUCUGAAAAAUUUAUUUGUGAUAUACUGGUAUGUCAUAGCAUGAAGGAGCUGUCAGAGUGAGGAGAGCUUUGCCAAGGGAGCAGCUGAUGAUACUGGUCUUGACAGUGACUGCAGCAUGCACUUGAGAAAAUGUCAGUCCUCCUAAAACACAACAGAAAGACAGAGAAGCUGCAAAUGGCCUCCUGGGAGAUUCCACUGUGUCCUCUUGUCUACUCCUUGUAAUGGCAUUUACAGAUUUACCAGUGAAUCAUAACCUGUGUG